UAAGACGCAGGGAAAGUACCAUGUUGUCACCAGGAAUCAUGAGCGGGAAGGCCAGGAGAGCCUUCCUGGCCCGCCCAGCGACGUUCACGCGUCGGAGGUUCACCAAACGCACGUGGUGCUCAGCUGGACGCCGCCCAGUCGGCGUGGACCGGCGCCGCUCUCCUACGUGGUGGAGAAGGUGUGUCCGCGCACUUGUGUGUUCGGGUGGUAGCGUUCGGGGUGCAAAAGAACCAAGUGUGUCAUCUCAGUGUUUGUCUGCUGACGGCGAGCCCGGCGGGGCGUGGCAUCGCGUGGACGCGGGCGUGGAGCUUCGCUCGCCCCGUAUGGCCGUCUUCCAUUUGCCCGACGACGGCGCUUACCACUUUCGGGUGUUUGCGUUCAACGCGUACGGCGUCGGCCGGGUCUCGGAGCCCUCGCGGCCCGUGAGGAAGGCCGAGCGGGACGGUAAGGGAAAGCGCGGGUGUCACGUGGUCCAAGUCCCGUCCUGUCGGUGACCAUAUAAACGCUGUGUUGCAGGAUGCGUGCUGCCUGUGGGUACGUAAGAACACUUUGACUUGCUACACUUUGUUUCACCUCUGAGCACAUUAAGCUUCCUCACAUGCGGGUCAAAAUGACCCAUAAGGAGUUUCAAGUCAAGAAUGAAAUGCUCACUAAUGGGGUUAACAAUGAUGUUGAAGCAAUGAUUUUUUUUUGGUUGUUUGUGAUAGUCGGUUACUUAAACAUGACCUGGAUCAAUUUGACCCGAGUCAUGUUAACAUGAUCAAAUUGAGAUUUCUAGAGCGACGACACUUGAUGAGCAACCAGAGAAAGUUUUUGAUAUUAAGAAAGGAAGGUUACAUUUUUUUUUAAAACGGGUCGAAGGCCAGCAAGAGGCAAGCAAAGUGAUGUCGUUGUGGUUGGCAACAAGAUUAACUCACAUCUUUUUUGAAUGGCGCACCCUUCACCUUGGUUAGCCACCCUGUCGCUCACGGCUAACGGCUCCC